AUGUCCGGUGAAGAGGAAUAUCUGCAUGUGGAUCAAGUUAUAUCUGAGAGUGGAUCAUACAGGACCGGAAUAUGUAAAUCUUCGGAAACUAUUGUUGUUGGUUUUCGAUCGAAUGCACCUGACGAUAUUGGAUUUCGUUCAUCUUAUCUAACUGAUCAUCCUCACCAUCAUCACUGUUGUUCUCAUGGUGACACUCAGAUACAGGAACUGUUAGAUUCGGUCUCUGAAUUUAGCCAUUCCGGUCGUCAAUCGCCAUUUCAUCACGGCGAACCAUAUCCAGUACCAAUAUCAUUCGGUCAUACCGAUGAACAUCCACACCCGAUUCCACAUCCACCAAGCGAUGGAUACGGAGGUGACGCUGGCAAGGUGAUGCCACCACAAGGACCAGCCGGUAGUGGCGAUCCGUACGGCGGUGCCGGAGGCUCUGCAGGAGCCCAAGGCCCGGCUGCCAAACCGACAACACCUGAGAGACCAGAAUUUGGUCCUGAUGGAGUUCGCAUCCUUUAUUAUUCAGGAUCAUGA